ACCAUUAUUACCAAGAAAACACAACACCACAAAUCCUUUUUCUUCUAUUUAUUUUUCCAAGUCUGUGUUAACCCAAAAAAAAAAGAUUACACUACAGUUCUUCUUUGGUGCAAACAAAAAGACCUGAAGAGAGAAAAAUAAAGUAACGAAUCUCUUGUAUCUCCUCUCCGGAUGAGGAUCCGUAAACGACAAGUGCCUCUUCCUCUUUCGUCUCUGUUACCUGUUCCUCUCUCAGAUCUCUACUCUAACCGGUCACCGACGACCACCGCUAGUUACUUCUGCGGCCAAGACAGAGACGGGGUUCUUGCUUCUCUUCUUCAGCUUUCGCAACCACCCGCGCCGGUUUCAGAUGGUCAGCAAAGAGAUGUGAUUGACAAGAAGCAGGAGAAAGCUUUGGAUGACGAUGGUAUAAAGAGUAGUGCUGAUGCAUCCGGCAGCAAGAACGUUAACCCCACAGGAGAAUCUGACUCUUCAACACAAGUUGUCGAGAAGAAUGAAAAUGUUGUUACUUUGAGGAAGAGAAGAAGAGGCUUUAUAAGCUUCGAGGAACAAGAAGAGGAUGAUGAGGAAGAAGCUAGUGGAGGCGGUGGUGGUAGCAAAGGGAAGAAGAAGAAAGCCAAGAAGAACGGUACGUUAGAGGAAGGAUCAAGGUGCAGCCGCGUUAACGGUAGAGGAUGGAGAUGUUUUCAGCAAACUCUUUAUGGGUAUUCUCUUUGUGAGCAUCAUCUUGGUAAAGGAAGGGUAAGGAGCAUGAACAAGAGUGCUGGUGGUCGUGGCGGCCGAGAUAAGAAAAAGGCAGUGGUGGUGGAACUGAAGAGCAAGAGAGUGAAGCUUGGGAUGGUGAAGGCUCGUUCAAUAAGUAGUUUGCUUGGACAAACCAGCACAAGUAGUGGUACUGCUGAGAGUGAGAUAAGUACACCUGCUGAUCAGUUUACUGCUUCUGACAAGUAAGGCUUUCGAUCAGCAUUUUACAGUUCUAUGUAUAUUUUUUUAUGUACAUGAUGAUAAUGGACAUAUCUCUAUUU